ACACCACUCUCGCGUAAUUUAUUAUCCAUUUGGCGGCAAAUCAAAGCAAUCGGCGUCUCGUGUUUGUCGCAUUUCCUUGUGUUGUGAAAAAUUUUGCAGAAUUCCGAAGAAUUUGUGGAAGAAUGACCGAAAUUGAUUUAACCGCACUCACUGCGGCAUUGACCAGUGAUGCCGGAAGUGGUGUCUCCUUUGAGGAUAAAUCCAAAAACUGGGGAACAAAGGAUGAAGCAAAGGAACUCACGGAUGCCAUUGAUAAGUGCCCAAAGCUUGAGUACUUGAAUCUGGCGGGGAAUACAUUGGGUGUGGAGGCAGCACAGGAGGUGGGGAAGGCCCUGAAGAAGCAUCCGGAAUUCCAGAGGGCACUGUGGAAGGAUUCAUUCACAGGACGGCUAAAGACCGAAAUUCCAAUUGCUCUGAAGGCCAUGGGGAGGGGAAUUAUAGACGCUGGAGCACACCUAACUGUGUUCGAUUGCAGUGACAACGCCCUGGGACCCAAUGGCAUGAAGGGUCUUGUGGAGUUGUUCAGCAGUUCUGCCUGCUUCUCUCUGCAGGAGUUGAAGCUUAACAACUGCGGUCUUGGUAUUGAUGGUGGCGAAAUGCUGGCACGUGCCCUGACAGAGUGCCACCGGGCGAGUAUUGAGGCGGGAACACCGAUGAAGCUGAAGGUUUUUAUUGCAGGACGCAAUAGGCUGGAGAAUAGGGGUGCUGAGGCUCUUGCGGGAUUCUUCGCGAAGGUUAAGAGUCUCGAGGAGGUCACAAUGCCCCAAAAUGGGAUCUACCACGUCGGUAUUACAGCUCUCUCGGCGGCUUUGCGUGAGAAUACCAACAUGAAGAUCCUCAAUCUCAACGACAACACCAUCGGGCAUAAAGGAGCUCUAGCUCUUGCUGAUGCCAUGUGCAACAUGCAGGAACUCCGGGAGAUCAAUUUCGGUGAUUGCCUCCUGAAGACACGCGGGGCUACGUUGCUGAGCGAAGUUUUGGGUGAUCAGCACGAAGCACUGGAAGUUCUCAAUCUCAGUAACAACGAAAUCGGACCCGAUGGUGGACUCUCCUUGGCCGCAGCCAUGGCAAAUAAGAUAAAUUUGCACACCCUGCAGUUGGAUGGGAAUCAAUUUGGGCAUGAAUGCCGGGAGAUGAUUGCCGAAGAGCUGAGACGAUUCAAUUUGGAGAAUGCUCUGGCAUCAAUGGAGGAGGAUGAUUCUGAGGGUGAGGAGGAUGACUACGAUGAGGGUGAGGAUGAGUUGGAAGAGGAAGAAAUCGACACGGAAGAUUUGGAAGAUGUGGAGGAUGACGAUGAGUGCGGGGAUGAUGAUGAUGAGGAGACGGAUGAAGCUGCGGAGGAUGGGAGGCAAAAUCAACCAAAUUUGGGACUCUUCGGUGCCCCCAUUAAACCCCAAACAACCCCAAUUGAGGCUUUCUGCCGGGCUGAAAAGCCCACGCUGGCCAUGUUCAAUGCCAUCGAGGCCAAAGAUCGCAUUGCAGCCUUCCGGGAAUACCUUAAAGAUCUCCCUGGAGAAUUUUAUCUCGUCUACCUCGUUUUUGCCAUUCUCAAGUGCUCAGCUCUGAGUCUUCUGUCCAAGGAGGCACUCUCGGUGUCUGAUGCUCUCUUCGAGGAUGCCCUGAAGUACGCUCAGGACAAUUCUCAGGUGAAUUCCGUGCGGAAUUUCUUCCUUAUUCAGCUCUGUCUUCUUCGGUGCGAAGAUAAAUCCUUCUGCCCCUCCUACGACAUUAAAGCCUGUCGUGGGGCCCUUGAGAGCGCCAUGAAGAAGGAUUUCUUCCCUUCAGACCUCAGGGGUACUUUCCAAUGUUUCCUGGAUAAAUUAGGGCACGAGUGAAGUUUUUCAUUACACAAUAAAAAUUGAAUUUGUGAGAAAAAAA